AUGUAUCUAAAAUGUCUGAAUAGUACAAAAUUUGGAGUGUUUAGUCAUAUUGCAGAGAUUAUAAUCAGUGCUGGUAUGUGGAUCGUGUGCGCUAAACAUUCUUGGGGGACUAAUCUCAGAAAAGGAUUUAAGCGCAAGAAGAGAUUCAUCAGAUACGGGCAGCAGCUUUUCAGAAUCAAAUAA